ACUUUUCAGACAAAUCUUUAUUGCAUUGAAGAAUUGCACAUAGAAGUCUAGUUUUAUCUUGCAAUUAAACAAGUUCUGUAUUUGUUUGCGAUGUGCGCUCAAUAUUGAAGGUAUCUUUGUAAGAAUGUAAGUUUUGUUUUAAAAUGGUGCAUAUCAAACAAGCGGAUUGAAGAACUUCCAAGGCUCGUAGAUUGUAUCUCCACAGCUUCUCCACCUCAAAACCAUUUGGUUUCUAAAUAGCCAAAGCUAUUAUUGGGGAGACAUGGUCACCCCCUUUGUCCCAGUGCCCGUCCCUAUGGAGGGGACAACGUCAGGGAGCUGCCGAGCUCGGCCCAAUGACACAUCCCCCCUGGAUAGCCUCUCCGGCUCCACUCCUGGAAGGUCUCCCUGGGUGAAGGGCACUGGGGCCUGGGCAUCCACGGUGGUCGGCCCCAGGCUCCCCCAGGCAUGUCCCAGCUCAGAUGCCUAUAAGGGGGUGGUGUCGUUUUCAGAUCCUGGGACCCCCGGGGACAGUUGGGCGAGGCCACUCACGCCAACCCUUCUGGGCUAUGAGGUCAUGGAGGAGAGGGCAAAGUUCACAGUGUAUAAAGUAUUGGUGCGAAGGAAUCCAGAGGAGAACUGGGUGAUUUUCAGAAGGUACACAGACUUCUCCAGACUCAAUGACAAGCUGAAGGAGUUGUUUCCCAGAUUUAGACUCGCCUUGCCACCCAAGCGCUGGUUCAGGGAUAAUUACGAUGUGGAGUUUCUAGAGGAGAGACAGUUAGGCCUUCAAGCCUUUCUACAGAACCUCAUAGCACACAAAGACAUCACCAACAGACAAGACACAAUGAAGGAAAGAACAUCGCACAUUACCUUUCAGUCUAUACAAUGGGAAUAUGCAUUACCGGUCAAGAGUUUGGACGCACCUACUCAUUCAAGCGAAGCGGUCAGACAGUUCCUUUGUCUAGACGACCCUCCUGGCCCUUUUGACAGUCUGGAGGAGAGCAGGGCUUUCUGUGAGACACUUGAGGAGACCAAUCACCGUCUCCAGAGGGAGCUAUUAGACAAACAGCGACAGAUCGACUCGUUGAAAACAGCCCUGGACGAGAGACAGACACGAAUUGGAAUGCUGGAGAAGAUACUGAACGGUGAGGUCCCCUUCCCAGAGGGCCAGACUCUGAAUAGCGGAACACUCUCCGCCCUGGACAGAGAGAACAGAGCAGAUACAGACACUACCACAGCGCACAGAGAAACUGAGGGCUCAGGCACGGUGUCAUCUACAAUGGGAGCUGACCAAGACACGUGCCCUGAAACAAGCUUGGAAGUCGAUCGGCAAGUCAAGGGUUACGGGGCAUACUGGUCAACUGCAACCAUUCGUAGUUCCCCAGGCGUCUUCAUCGACUCAACAACUUCAUAGAACCACGUGGAAUUUAGCAUUUGAUUCUGACCGGGAAAAAUGUAUGAUUCCAAGGUGGACUGCUGAGCUUCAAGAGUGUGUAGACUUUCCAGCCACCGUUUCCUGCUGUCGCUAGACUGUGUGGAAGGGUGAUUAAGGGUGUGUGUGUGUAUGUGUGUAUGUGUGUGGGUGUGUGGGUGGAACUUUUUGUCAGAGGAUUCCAGAAAUAUGUGGUUUGUAGGAACUCAUUUUCUACAUAAAUUUUUGCCUCCAAUGUAUAAUCAUCAAGUUAAAAUAUGACAUUGUGUGUUUGUUUCAAACUGCCUUACCGCAACCUCUUUUCUAAAAUGUUUAUGGUUCGUACUUCCUCUGUUCCUUAAAGCUAUGCAAAUAAACAUGUAUGGAUCACA